CCGCUGCCUGCCGGGACGCGUAGUCCCGGGGCUCCGCGCCGUUCCCGGCCCGAUCCAGGACCCCCCCAGCCCAGUGUUGUCCCAGAGAAGCCCUGGUGAGCGAUGGCAGGAGAACCCCCCCUGCAGCUCCGCGUCUUCGACCUCAACUGCUGGGCCAUCCGCUACCUGAGCAAGCGGCGGCAGGAGCGUGUCCAGCUCAUCGGGGACAAGCUGCGCCGGGAGGGCUUCGACCUGGCGCUGCUGCAGGAGGUGUGGAGUGAGCAGGACUACAAAGACCUGAAGGCGAAGCUGGCAGGCUGCUACCCCUUCUCCCAUUAUUUCCAGAGCGGGGUGAUUGGCAGUGGCCUCUGCGUCUUCUCCAGGUUCCCCAUCCUGGACACCUUCCUGUACCAGUACUCAUUGAACGGGUACCCCUACAUGCUCCAGCACGGGGACUGGUUCUGUGGCAAGUCCGUCGGCCUCGUCAUCAUUAAGAUCUCUGGGAUCAUCUUCAAUGUCUAUGUCACCCACCUGCACGCCGAGUACUGCCGAGAGAAGGACGCCUACCUGCCCCACCGCCUGGUGCAGGCCUGGGAGCUGGCACAGUUCAUCCGUCACACCUCGAAGGCAGCUGAUGUGGUGCUGCUGGGAGGGGACCUGAACAUGCACCCCGAGGACGUGGGCAUCCGGCUGCUGCGGGGCUGGACGGGGCUGCGGGACGCCUUCGCCGAGGCCACACGCUUUGAGGGCUGUGAGGACGGCUGCACCCUCGUCCCCAGCAACUGCUUCACUGUCAAGGCUGAGCUGCUGCCCUUCCCGCUGGGCAUCCGCAUCGACUACAUCCUCUACAAGGCCAUCUCCAGCUUCACAGUGAAGUGUGAAGAACUGAAGACCACCAAGGGGACAGCCCCAGGUGUGGACAUCCCCCUCUCCGACCACGAAGCCGUGAUGGCAACACUGCACAUCGAGAGGCAGGGACAGGCUGUGGGUGCCCCCCUCAGCAGCACUGAGCCGAGGCUGGUGGACGUGGUGACAGAGGCCCGGACAGAGGUGGAGCUGGGGCUGCGGGCGGCGCGGCGGCAGCGGUACUCCUCGGGCAGGAUGGCCGUGCUGGCCCUGCUGCUCCUGCUGCUGCAGGCGGCGGCCGUGCUGGGCACGCUGGUGGGGCUGGGGGCUGGGCAGCCCUUCCCCAAGCUCUCCUUCUCCCUCCUGGCCUUCCUGGCCAUCGGCAUCCUCCUCCUGGCCGCCGGCCUCCACGUCUUCCACACCAUGGAGGUGAAGAUGCUGCAGGGCACCGAGCAGCAGAUGCGGAUGGUGCUGCGGGCGCUGCAGGAGCAGCCCAGCCAUGGCUGAGAGGGGGCCCUGGGAGGGGUCCCAGCCCUGGGGGGGGGUCCCACCCUGUGUGUCCCCUCAUCCCCAGCCCCAUCCUGGCCCCUUUUUUUAGCCCAUGUGUUUUUAGCUGAGCAGCGCUGCGGCCGGCUCGGUAGCGCGAGUUCGACAGCU